CCAUUACAAAACCAGGAAAACCUGUCCAAAAUCUCCCCAAAAAAUGGCAGCCUUAUCUUUCUCUUCCCCUGCUGCCACUUUCACAUCGAGAGCUUCCAGUCAAAACCAGUCACCCCCACCGUGGCAUAACGGGAACAGAGGCCGUUCCAAUUUCGCCGUCACCAGAUGCGAAGCCGGAGAGGAACCCAGCUCAGCAUCGCCGGAAAACACAGUCAGCUCGCCGGAAGCUAAGAAACCAAAGAAGCUCCAAAUCGGUUCUCCAGUCGUAGUGGUUGAGGCCCCCAGGAUGAUCAAGACCGCCGCGAACAUGCCCUGCCUCAGAGUCAAUUCCGGCCUCGUUAACCCCGGCGACGUCGGCAGAAUUGUGUCCAGAAAACCCAAGGAUUUGUGGGCUGUUCGUCUCGCUAUUGGCACCUACCUUAUUGAUGGCAAGUAUUUCAAGCCAUUGGAGCUUGAUGAUUGACCGAGUCCACUCUUUCUUCUUCUUCUUCUUUAUAGUUCACCAUGUCUUCCUUUUCAACCAAUCUGUUGAGAUUUCUCAUACAAGCAUUAACUACAGAGUCGUUUGGAUGAGGAAUUCCAUCAAAUGAUCAAAAUCGAGAUUUGAAGCAUGAAUUGUAGUGAAAAAAUCUAAAUCGAAUCAACUAAUCACAUCAAA